CAGGAUACCUGACUGCAAGCUCAGAUGAAACUAGUUUCAUCACCGACUUUUCUUCUCUGUGUCUCAAUUUAAUCUUCUGUUCAUAUGCUCAGUCAACAGGAUGGUGUACAAUCUGCUGCUUUUAGUCUCUUGUUUCCUGUCUUCAUAUUCUGCAUCAGAUAAUCUGAUCAGAUUAGUUGGAUCAAACGAGCCAUGUUCUGGACGAGUUGAAAUCAACCACAAUGGUGUCUGGGGAACAGUCUGUGAUGAUGGUUGGGACCUAAAUGAUGCUGAGGUGGCCUGCAGACAGCUAGGCUAUGGUCCUGCUCUGGGUGCUCCACAAGCAGCCCAGUUUGGGCAAGGAACUGGACAAAUCUGGCUUGAUGAUCUGGUCUGCUCUGGAAGUGAAACUUCUCUUGACGUGUGUGGGCACAGCGGAUUUGGGAUUCACAAUUGUGGACAUGGAGAAGAUGCUGGCGUCAUCUGUUCAAACUCAAUCACAUUAGCUGGAUCAAACGAACCAUGUUCUGGAAGAAUUGAAAUCAACCACAAUGGUGUCUGGGGAACAGUCUGUGAUGAUGGUUGGGACCUAAAUGAUGCUGAGGUGGCCUGCAGACAGCUAGGCUGUGGUCCUGCUCUGGGUGCUCCACAAGCAGCUUACUUUGGCCAGGGGACUGGACAAAUCUGGCUUGAUGAUCUGGUCUGCUCUGGAAAUGAAACUUCUCUUGCCGUGUGUGAGCACAGGGGAUUUGGGACUCACGAUUGUGCACACUUAGAAGAUGCUGGUGUCAUCUGUUCAAAUUAUUCAAUCAGAUUAUCUGGAUCAAACGAACCAUGUUCUGGAAGAGUUGAAAUCUACCACAAUGGUGUCUGGGGAACAGUCUGUGAUGAUGGUUGGGACCUAAAUGAUGCUGAGGUGGCCUGCAGACAGCUAGGCCGUGGUCCUGCUCUGGGUGCUCCACAAUCAGCUUCCUUUGGCCAGGGGACUGGACAAAUCUGGCUUGAUGAUCUGGUCUGCUCAGGAAGUGAAACUUCUCUUGGCGCUUGUGGGCACAGCGGAUUUGGGAUUCACAAUUGUGGACACGGCGAAGAUGCUGGUGUCAUCUGUUCAAAUCUUCAGAUCAGAUUGGCUGGUUCAGGUGCGUUAUGCUCUGGAAGAAUUGAAGUAUACUACAAUAACUCCUGGGGAACAGUCUGCAAUGAUGGUUGGGACAUGAAUGAUGCUCAUGUUGCCUGCAGACAAUUAGGUUGUGGUCCAGCAACAAGUACCAGUAUAUGGGGUGUAUUUGGCCCAGGUACUGGACCAAUCUGGCUCGAUGAAGUGGCAUGUUUAGGAAAUGAAACUUCUUUAAGUGAAUGUCAGUACAAUGGUUCUGAAACACACAACUGUGGACACAGUAAGGAUGUUGUUAUUUUUUGCUCAGGUCCCCCAGUCCGAUUAAUUGGGUCUUCUCGCUGCGCUGGUCGAGUGGAAAUCUAUUAUGAUUAUUCAUGGGGAACAGUAUGUGAUGACGCCUGGGACAUAAAUGAUGCCCAGGUAGUCUGCAGCCAGUUGGGCUGUGGUGCAGCACUGGCUGCCCCUCAGUCAGCCAAAUUUGGGCCAGGAAGUGAUCAAAUCUGGCUUGAUGAUGUGAGCUGUGCAGGGAGCGAAAGACAUCUGUCUGAUUGCUCACACAAUGGAUAUGGGAAUCACAACUGUAACCACAACAAAGAUGCAAGUGUGAUCUGCUCAGGCAGCAACAUAAAAUUAGUUGGGUCAGCUUGGUGCUCUGGAAGAGUUGAAAUUUAUAACCGUGGGUCCUGGGGAACAGUCUGCAAUGAUAAUUGGGACAUAAAUGAUGCUAGAGUGGUCUGCAGACAGCUGGGCUGUGGUACAGCAGUGAGUGUCCAUCAGUUUGCAGAGGGGACAGGACAAAUCUGGCUUGAUGAGGUGGCCUGUAAAGGCAACGAAACAUAUCUGUCUGACUGCUCUCACAGUGGAUUUGGUGUGCAUAACUGUAAUCACAGUCAGGAUGCUGGUGUCAUCUGUUCAGGCCUUAUAAGGCCCACUAUUGGACUUACUCCUCAAGGUGACAUCACCUUGGGUCAUAAUGUCAGCAUCAGUUGUUCAGUCACUGAUGCACAAGUAAGAGGGAUAUUUGUCUUGACGAAGACCACAGGCUCAUUCAGCCAGGCCGUGAACUCAAGCAGCAGCUCUGCUACUUUCUAUAUCAUUCAGGCCACUUUCAUUGAUCAGGGUUGGUACAAGUGUCAGCUUCAAAUCAUACUUCCCAAUGAAAACUUCACCACUCUCUUUAGUGACACAGUCCAGCUAAGAGUGAUCUUUCCAGCACCCACGAUCAGCAUUGAACCCUCUGGAGUGAUUACUCUCGAUCAGGAUGUUAGAAUGGUUUGUUCAGUCACUAAUGAACAAGGAGGAGGGUCAUUUAUCUUCAGGAAGUCUUCAGGAAGUUUCAGUGAGACUGUGAACUCAAGCAGCAACUCUGCUACUUUAAAUAUCCCUAAAGUUACCUUUACAGAUGAGGGAGACUACAAGUGUCAGUUUAAAGUGAGGAUUUCUAAUGAUGACUUCAGCACCAACUUCAGCAGUGAUGUCUCACUCUAUAUAAAAGGUGAAAUUCCAAAACCCAACAUCACCUUGCAGCCUACCGGUCUGGUUUCCUGGGGUCAGAGUAUCAGCAUCGUAUGUAACGUUAUGGAUGGAUUGAAUGGAUCAUUUACGUUCACAAACCCUCCUGGUUCUGUCAUUCAGACUGUAAACUCAAGCAACAACUCAGCUACUUUCCAUAUCGGGCAAGUCACUUUGGGAAAUGAGGGAUUGUACCAGUGUCAGUUUCAAAGAACGGUCUCUGGUGAAGUGUUUCACACCAACUUUAGUGACCCUGUCUGGCUAACUGUGAACCUUUCACAGCCGACCAUCACCUUGGAUUCUGCCGGUGGGGUGAUGUGGGGUCAGGAUGCCACUCUCACCUGUUCAGUCAUCGAGGGAUGGGUAGGAGGAUUAUUUGUCUUUAGGAGAAUGCCUGGUAAUUUCAUCCAAACUGUAAGCUCGAGUAGCAACACAGUUAGCUUCCAUAUCACUCAAGCUAACUUGAGAGAUGAAGGAUUAUACCAGUGUCUGUUUCAAAGGAGAGUUUCUGAUCAAGACUUCAACACCAGCUUCAGUGAUUCUCUCCAACUAACUGUAUUUCUUCCAACGCCCAGCAUCACUUUGUAUCCUGCUGGUGUGGCUUCUUUUGGUCAGACUGUCAACAUCACUUGCUCAGUCUCUGAGGGUCAAGUAGGAGGAUCAUUUAUCUUCAAGAAAACAUCAGGACCAAUCAUUCAUGUUGUAAAUACAAGCAGCAGCUCGGCUUCAUUUCAAAUCAAUCAAGUCAGCUUGGUGGAUCGUGGAUCGUACCAGUGUCAGUUUCAAAGAAGGUCUUUUAAUCAAGACUUGAGCACCAACUUGAGUGAUUCUGUCCAACUAAAUGUGAGCCUACCAAAGACCAACAUCAUCAUCCAGCCCAUUGGUGUGUUUAUGUGGGGCCAGGAUGUCCACAUUACUUGUUCUAUCACUGGAGGGGAAGUAAUAGGAUCAUUCAUCUUCACAAAGACCCAAGGUUCUUUCACCCAGACUGUGAACUCAAGCAGCAACUCGGCUACUUUGUAUAUCCCUAAAAUUACCUUUACCGAUGAGGGAGACUACAAGUGUCAGUUUAAAGUGAGGAUUUCUAAUGAAGACUUCAGCACCAACUUCAGCAGCGAUGUCCCGCUCUAUUUAAAAGGUGAAAUUCCAAAACCCAACAUCACCUUGCAGCCUACUGGUCUGGUUUCCUGGGGUCAGAGUAUCAGCAUCGUAUGUAACGUUAUGGAUGGAUUGAAUGGAUCAUUUACGUUCACAAAGCCUCCCGGGUCUGUCAUGCAGACUGUAAACUCAAGCAGCAACAUGGCUACUUUCCAUAUCGGGCAAGUCACUUUGGGAAAUGAGGGAUUGUACCAGUGUCAGUUUCAAAGAACGGUCUCUGGUGAAGUGUUUCACACCAACUUUAGUGACCCUGUCUGGCUAACUGUGAACCUUUCACAGCCGACCAUCACCUUGGAUUCUGCCGGUGGGGUGAUGUGGGGUCAGGAUGCCACUCUCACCUGUUCAGUCAUCGAGGGACGGGUAGGAGGAUUUUUUGUCUUUAGGAGAAUGCCUGGUAAUUUCAUCCAAACUGUAAGCUCGAGUAGCAACACAGUUAGCUUCCAUAUCACUCAAGCUAACUUGAGAGAUGAAGGAUUAUACCAGUGUCAGUUUCAAAGGAGAGUUUCUGAUCAAGACUUCAACACCAGCUUCAGUGAUUCUCUCCAACUAACUGUAUUUCUUCCAAAGCCCAGCAUCACUUUGUAUCCUGCUGGUGUGGCUUCUAUUGGUCAGACUGUCAACAUCACUUGCUCAGUCUCUGAGGGUCAAGUAGGAGGAUCAUUUAUCUUCAAGAAUACUUCAGGAACAAUCAUUCAUGUUGUAAAUUCAAGCAGCAGCUCGGCUUCAUUUCAAAUCAAUCAAGUCAGCUUGGUGGAUCGUGGAUGGUACCAGUGUCAGUUUCAAAGAAGGUCUUUUAAUCAAGACUUGAGCACCAACUUGAGUGAUUCUGUCCAACUAAAUGUGAGCCUACCAAAGCCCAACAUCACCAUCCAGCCCACUGGUGUGGUUAUGUGGGGCCAGGAUGUCCACAUUACUUGUUCUAUCACUGGAGUGGAAUUAAUAGGAUCAUUCAUCUUCACAAAGACCCCAGGUCCUUUUACCCAGACUGUGGACUCAAGCAGCAACUCGGCUAUUUUACAUAUUCAUCAAGUGAACUUUACAAAUGAGGGAUCGUACCAGUGUCAGUUUCAAAGAAUAGAUUCUAGCUCUGUUUUUAGUGAUAAUGUCAACCUGAAUGUGACAGUGAUUCUUCCAAAACCAAGCAUCACCAUGGAGCCUGCAGGCGUGGUUACUUUUGGUGACCUCAUUGCCAUCAAUUGUUCUGUCUCCACUCAAUAUUUAGGCGGCUCAUUCACCCUGCAGAAGACCUCUGGAUCAUUCAAUAAGACCCAACAAUCAAGUACCAACUCCUCUACGUUCAGAUUUCUUGAAGCCAAUAAUAAUCAUGAGGGAGAUUUCCGCUGUUAUUAUGAAAAACUUGUGGAAUAUAAAACUUUCACCUCCCCUCUAAGUGACAGUGUCACAGUUUCUGUUACUAAUAACUGAAGUUCAUGUGUGUGACCCUUCCUCAAUCUCCUAUUAUAUGGCUAUCCUAAACUAAUGUAAUCUAAUGAAUGUUGCAUGAGGUGAGUGUGUAAGUUGUCACUUUGUAAUCAGUAACAUAAAUCAUAGUGCUGAUGCAAAGAGCAUGUAAUUAUUUACAUAACUGUUGAGAUGAAAGAGCACAAAAUAACUCACAUAUAAACUUCUAUGAGGGAGAAACGGCAGAUAGGUUACUGGGUGUAAUGAAAACAAAAAGGAUAAGCAAAGGUCUUAAAAGUUAGUUGAAUAAACUAGAGGCUUUCCCAUGACUUUGUUGAAGCAUUUCUGUAGUUAGUGCUAUCAAGUACCAACUCCUCUACGUUUAGAUUUCUUGAAGUCAAUAUAACCAUGAGGAAGAUUACCGUUAUUGUUAUUAUCAGCAGACUGUGGACCAUCAAACUUUGGCCUUGCCUAAUAGUGACAGUGUCACAGUUUCUGUUUCUGACAACUUAAGUUAUGGUGGGAUUAGUAACCUUCCUUCCUCAGUUAACAUGUGCCUUUUAUUCAAGUUAACUAUUUUUACCAAUGGCUUCCCUAAACUAAUCUAAUCUAAUUCUUGUUGUAAGAGACAAGUGUGUAAGUUGUCACUGUUUUAUAAGCAAAAUAAAUGUUGGUGCUUAUCCAGAGCAGAGGUGGUAGGUGCUAUUCUGUAAAUAAAAGCAAAUAACUGUUUUACAAAAUUGAUGAGAUUAGAAUACAUAACAUAAUCCACAUUGAAACCUUUAUGAGGAACAAACUUUGUGUCUACAUCAUUGGCCUCAAAAAAAUGUGUUCCAUAUUAUAUAAAAAACAAAGCAAAAAUCAACAACAAGCACAACACUCGGUUUAAAUGUAUUUUUGUAAUUAUGGUAGAUAACCCAAUGAGAGCAAAAAUAAAAAGAAAAUUUGUUGCAUAGUGAGUUCAAAAAAUCUCCUGACUUGAACUUUUCCUGUGACUUUGUUCAAUCAUUUCUGUAGCCAUUGAUACUUAGAAUUUUUCUUCAUAAUUCAUUUCAUGUAAAAUCUUCUAUGUGUUAAGAUAUGAUCGUUUCAUUUUUAGAUUUUGAGCCUGUUUAUAUCUCUGACUUCAUACUGCAAUUACCACUGGUCUGUAUUUGAUGGCGUUCUUGUCUGGUGGUUAAUUUUAAUAAAUUAUGUAGCCCAA